AUGGUCCCUCUGCACGAGGUGCCCACGCCACAGACCGCCCACUGGCGCCAGGCGCUCGAGUGGGGCUACGCGGACGAGGACGAUACAUGGGACGCGGUCCAAGCAAGGUACUCGAGGGCAUCGACGCAUGCCAGCAUGACGGGCUACUUUGACAGCCUGUCCUCGUGGAAGGCCCUCGUCGCCUUGUGCCAGCAGCUGGACGUCCAGUGGGGCCGCUGGCACAUGCGGCACGCCACAACCGAGCAGCUGGCCGCCUGCCGUAUCGCGCUGUAUCCCCGUGUGCAUACGGUCCGCCCCGUGUACCCCCGUGACGACCUGUGGCACAUUGAGCUUGACCAUGUUGACCGCUGCGUCCUGGCGUCCGUGUCGGAUGGCAGUCUGCGCACGCUCGACGCGGACAGCGGCGCCGUGCUCUGGAGCACGACCCUGUCGUCGCUGCCGCCGCCGCACAGGUACAUGCCCUUUUUUCAAUACAGCCAGGGAUGGCUGAGUGUAUACCACUACGACACGCGUCAGCUGCAGGUAUGGCGCAGUGAGCGGACGAUACCGUGGCUUUCGCAGCCCCAGCGCGGCGUCUUCCGCUUGCAUUCGCGGCUCGCGCUCGAGCCAGAGGUGCGCGGCGCGCCGGUCUAUGCGCUGCAUUAUCCGAUCCUGAGCUACAUGCCCAACCGUGCGACGCUCGUCGACAUGAACUUGGACACCUUGCAAACGGACGAGUAUGGAGUGGGCAUGGCACGGCGCUCUGCACGCGUGCACAGCCUCGACUCGGCGUCCCACUGGAUGGCCCUGUCGCGCAGCAUGGCCCCAUCGCUCGUAGUCGCGCAGCGCAGCGGACGUGCGCUCACCGCCCACUGGCGUCUCGAGGAGCACCUCCGUACGUGCGGCGCGCCAGAGUACUAUGUGCCGAUGCCGGCUGCGCCGACGCUGCGCGAUGGCUUUGUGUGGCGCCCGCUCGUGCGCACCCAGGCCCGGCGCGGGUGGCUCAAGGCAUGGAUCGCCCCGGAGCGGCAGCACCGCGCGGGCUGGAGGCCCUGGCAGGCGAUCCAGCUGGAUCCGGCGACGGACACACUCGUGGCGCUAUCGAGGCGGGGCCUCCUCGUGCUCCUGCACCUGCAGCAGAGCCUGCAGGCCGGCCAGCCGCCACGCCUAUGUGCCAUUGAGACGUCGGCGCCGCCCGCCCCCACGGAUCGCGUCCCGCUGGAAGACUGGCUCUGUGCGCCGGAUGAGAUGGGGCACAUGCGCAUGCACCAGGGGCGCGUGCUGGCCAUGUACCGCACCCUGCAGCUGCUGGACCUACGCACGCCCACAUGGGGCCAGACAGCCGACGGCGCGUCGAUCGAGACGCCGUUCUCGCUGUACAUGUGGUCGCGCCUGCCCUUUGAGGGGUGCUCGGAGCGGCACGAGUGGCAGUGGACGCCGCUGUAUCACUGCGUGCAGCUGGACCACACUUCUAUCUUUGUUGUUACACGCGAAGCGCUCGCAGAGGCGGAGCACGGCGCGCCAAGCCGCACGGUCCUUACGCAUCUGCGCAUCGACACGGCGCCGCCCCCGCUCGUAGAGCGUCGCGCCGACGCGGUGUGGCGCGCCGCGGCGCUCCGCCAUGGCUAUAUCCAGGGCGACUGUGAUAUCGCCACGGCACUGGAGCGGUUCCGCACGGACCCGCAGCACAGCAUGGCGUCCCGCUACCUGGAUGGGACAAGCACCUUUUACGAGCUGUGCCGCCGCCUGUGCCUGUUGGACCGGCGCUGGGGCCGCACCUCCGCGCCGGUCGAGGCACCGACCGAGGGCGUGCGUGAGCUGACCCCCGCCACACGAUACCUCCGCCCGGCCGGCUCCGACGAGGAUGUGUGGCGCAUCAAGCUGGACCCCGCCGACCGCUGCGUCAUUGUGACGGGGCGCCGUGGCGGUGUGCGCACCAUCGACGUGGACACGGGUGAGCUGCUGUGGUCCAUCUCGCCCACGGAGACACGGCGGUGCCCCCACCUCGAGUGGUCCGAGGGCUACAUGAUCUUUGACCGCACGUCCCAGGGCCAUUUUGAAGUGUGGCGCAGUGAGCGCAUCAUACCUGACCUGGCGGAGCCCCGCCGCGGCGCGUACCGACAGUACGCCAUCCUCGAUGCACCGCACCCGAUUCUCGCGUAUCGGUUCCAGUAUCCGACGCUGCUCAGCGCCACUGCCGACGAUUAUGUCCUGCUCUACGAUGUGCCAAGCUGCACGCUCACACAAAAAAUCUCGCUGGCCCCGACGGCGACGCGCGGCGUGAACAUGUACGUACGGGCUACUGACGCAGCCACUACUCGCGCGACGCUGGACGUCGUAUGGCACCUGCGCGAGCAUCUGGAGCGCUACGGCGAGCCCCAGUGCUAUGCACCAGAGCCACUGCCCACGCCGGCUGCGCUGUGCUUCCAGCAGCAGCACGUGUACCCGGUGGCCCCGCCGCACAUGCUCGUUCCGUCGCCCGACGAUGUGAGGCGCGAAGACUCGGCCGGCCCCUCGACGUGGGCGGCCGUGCACCCUGACCGCGAGAGCGAUACGCUCGUGCUGCUAUCGCAAGAGGGCCUCCUGCUCUUCCGCCACUACUCGGCGCAUCUGUUGCGGGGGGCCGCGCCAGCGCUGAUCUACGUCGAGCUGCCGCAGCGAGUCUUUGCGCGGCAUGAGGACCGUCCGGGGGAGCCGCUGGAGGAGGUCCUGCCGCACAACUGGGGCCUCAUCCUCGAGCACUUCAUGCCGGGCCAGCUGGCUGUGGGCCACGGCCGGGUGUUUAUGGUCCAUGGCAUGCUCCUCAUGCUGGAUCUCUUGGCGCCGUCGGCGCUGUCGGCGCGGUACAGCGAUGCGCACGGCACGGCACCCUUCUCCGUCUACCAGUGGUCGGACGUCAUGGUGAUGGAGCACCGGCGCAUUCACGACUUCCCCUACUGGAACUGCAGCUGCGUGCAGAUGGACAUGACAGGCGUCUACUGUGUGUCGACGCAGGUGCUGCGCAAGGAGAUUGGCACGGAUCUUGCCGCGUUUUCCCCCGGUUACGAAGUCGACUGCCAUCUGAAGAACUCGACCAUGGCAAUGGCGUUCCGCUUCGACGGAGGGGCCGAGCCCGUGUAUCGCCCUGUCGAUCUGAAAAGCUACGACGACGCGGUCCAUGCCGCGGAGGACGAAGAGGAGCGGCUGAUCCAGGCGAUGGCACCCAGCUCUGACUCGAACGACGACAUGGACGCCAGCGUCGUGCUCAGCCACGAUGCAUCGGACUCAGGCGACGAGCACGGGCCCGAGAGCGACGACAGCGUAGACUUGUAG